CUUUCUCUUCAGCCGCCAUAUUCAUCUUCCUCAGGGUAAGAUUCUUAAACAAAAAGACUGCUUUAAUAUCAGUCAUGAAUCAAGAACUGAGACAAAUGUAUAGGUUUGAAAUUGUUGAGCUUUCUGAACAUUUGACCACAGAGCAAUUCAAAAAGCUCUUAUUCUGUUGCAAAGAUGAGAUUCCACAGAGUUCUUCGAGUGGCUUCUCUACAACAGUAGAAAUAAUUGGGUGCUUGGAGAAGAAGGAAAUCGUCUCGGUGGACAAAGUAAGCUUUCUAAAGAAGUUUGUCGACGCGAUUGGAAGGAAAGAUCUAGUCGCGAGGCUUACCAGAUUUGAAAUAACAAGAGAGUUGAUGAUCUACGCUUUGAACAGGCAAGGGUUAGAAACAUCUAUGAAUUCGUCGACCACAAGUCUGGGUCAUCACUUAGCCGAAAUGGUGGAUGUAGUCCAAGAUCGAGUUGAUCUACCAGAGCAAGGAAUGAUCAAGUCCCUCCUUGGGUCCGGACAAAAUUUUUCCAACAUUUUGGAAGGGCUACUGGGCUCAGAUACAUCCAAAAGCUGGAACAGCCUGGCCUUACGCGUCGCCACUGCGGCGGAAAUUGUCUGGUUGGUUAUCAGGGAGAAACAACAACAGGAGAAUGGUAUAAAGAAAGCAUUGCAUGUCGCCAAAAACCUGGCCAGUUAUCUUUGGUCUGAGAUGGAAAAACUUAAAUUUGGAACCUGGGAGGAGUUUUGCCAAUUUGUCAGGGAACGACACAAUGGAUACUUUUGCGCGCCAGUUCCUGAACUAGCGCCUGACUUUCCACGCCAGUUAAUGUUAAGCUUCAUUGGAAAGAUGAAGGAUACCUUCUUUUACUGAAAAACGAGGAUAAGUAUUAUCCAGUUUAACGUAGUCAUUAGUUUGAUUUAGCAAAUAUUGGUGGGACAAAAUAAGAUAAGAGUAGAUAGAGCGAACUGAAGGAGAACUAAUUCAUUUUUCUCGCUUUCUCAAAAUUCAAACAUAAUUUGUUGCAAAGGGUCUACAAUUUACUUAUUGGUCUGGGUCUGGAUCUGAGUCUGGUGUGCAUGUGAGCAGUACAAAUUUACAUAUUGAUCAUUUCUAUGAUUUUAUCACCAGAUUCACUGAAUCGAGAACCAGACUUGUGGUUACACUUUGAGAACCAGAUGGCAAACCUGGUGCAACGCCAGUUGUACACACUAUACAAUUGUAGCUCUAGCUACACAAUCUCAAAUACUUGACUGCAAAGCAAUCACUGAUAUAUAUAUAUCUCACAAUCUUUACCUGAAGAAGAUGAGUAUGGCGGCUCAUUUGUGAUGCACUAGCAGCUCAUGCCAUGGUUACGGUAACCACAAGGUAAGUCCUAUUUUCAUUCAAUUAACUAGGCUGGUUUCCAUGCUCACUACCAGUCAGACAAAAAGAUCAAAAUUACCCCAAAACCAAUAGGCAAAGACCCAAAACUGACGAAGGAACAAAGUUAUUAAGACAUUUUGCGCUGCAGUUAUAGGUUUAGGCUUCUGAAUUUCUCGGAUCAAGCACUCUAUAUCAGAGAAAGGAAUAAAUCUAUCGUAAUAGCUGCUUAACUCUCAGAUGAUACUUAAUGGUUAUAGUCUAGUGAGAGUGUAGACUCAAUGCUUAUAUAGGUCCUUACACAACUAGUGGGAGAACGUAGUUAAAGGGAUUUUUUUGCUUAUUUAAGCAAGCUUGUGUGGCAACUUUAGUUGGAUUUUCUUCGAUAUUCUGUGUUGCGAUGAUAGUUUGGUAAAAGUUGUUCCAUCUAACUGAAAUAGCAGCAAAUAAAAGGCUAUAAAUUCAAAAAUUAUGGUUUGCCAUUACCUCAGUUUACUAUGUCACAUUUCACCGGCCAGCUCUAGACGUCUCGGGAACACCUAUUGGAUUAGAUUUUGUAAUUUGCAGCAGCAUUUCUGAUUGGAACAUUCCACGUGACUCAGGGUGGAUUAAUGUCGUCCAUAACUGGAUUUUAACUCCCGAUGUUCAAACUUGUUCGUCAGAGGCAAAGAUUGAUCUUGGUGCUCUUAUAUGUAUUGUUUAUAGUGGCGCUAAGUAUUGACAUCGUAGGUUUAUUAUUAUCUCGAGGCAAGGUCCUGGGCUUAUUAUCAGUCUCAUCAUUAUCAUGUUAUCAUUCAUUGCCGCAUCCGGCGGACGACACCUUUAAGCUCGGUCAUCUUUUAAGCUGCGAAAACAAGUUUCCUAAGGUAUCUUACACAAGGUAUCUAGCGGUUAAAGAUCACAGCACUGAAGGAUUCAGCGUUCCAAAGAGGGUAGUUUUUGUAUAAGGUACAUUGAUAUUUCCACACCAAUGAUUUUUUUUGAUCAUCAUUAUCAUCAAUAUUACUAUCAUUAUCAUUGUUAUUAUUUGGCGUUACGUUUUGUAUGCUUUGUCUUGUUUUUGUUUCCUGAGAAAUUUUUCGCAUAGAUUUUUCGUCGAAGUCUCUACCGUGAUCACAUAAGAUUGUGUGGUUGACGUAGAAAUUGGAAUUUACUACUUACGUCUCUAUGGCCCUUGGGACGUUCCUCAUUACACUUGCUGCCACUGAUGUCUUAGUAUCAGACCAUUUCCAGAGGAGCCCAUCCAUUGUGCUUUGGUUCUGCAGUAUUUGCUCAAUUUAAGCAAAUCGGUUUCUGCAUCAGUCACUCUUUCCAUGCAUUCAAGUGGCUGCAUGAUCUAGCAGGCGUCGGUUCUCCAGCAAGCCACCCCAUAUGGUAGCCGUCAAAGAAAACUGGGUCUGGUUUUGCGUCCUCGCCCUUCAAGCACUGAAAGGAACCGCUCAAGGCAGAGUAUCUCAAAACUUUAAUGGAAAGAACUGAUAUCGACGAUUUCGCAUUAUUGUCUAAUCUAGAAUUGUUUCAUUGAGACAUUACAGCUUUCUUAGAUUUUCGCAGUUGUUCCCUGCUCGAGUAGAAUAAGAAAGUUUUAACUAUCGGUUCAUUAUCAUUUUCAUCGAAAAGGGUAAUUAUCAGUUAAGGUAGGCGCAUUCAGUAGAAAUUGCAAUUUUGAGAUUCAGUAUUGUACUGCGGCAAUGCCAAAAUCAUGAAGGAAUUCUUCAUUGCUUUCUUAAGAUCAGCUAGUAUGCCUUUAGACCAAUUUCUGCCUCUGAAAUACUUUGUUUUAGUAAAUAAGCUUCGGUUAAUGCUCUUGCAAGGAUUACAUUUUUAUAUACUGGCAUUAAUUUACCUGCGUAAGUGAUGUUACUGUGUAGGAAACCCUAAAACCCCGAGGGAGGCACCACUGCCUUGGUCGGGGGUACACGUCCCCCAGUUUUCUCCAGCUGCUGUAUGGUUUUUAGGGGUUUUCGUGUCCGGCUUUGGUGCUUUUGUCCAUUUUUUAACAGAGUUGAUAUCUGUAAAUAGGAAGCUAGAUAAAAAAGAUCUCAGUUUAUUUCAUCAAAAAAGGAAUUAAACAAUUAGAGUAUAAAAACAUGAAAUACAACAUACAACCAUGUUAAUAUGUUUAAAAAACCAGUGUAAAUAGCAAUUAAAAAAAGAGUUUAUUUGAA